GCAUGGAGGACAGCACGCUCGCGCAGGUUUCCAGGAACGGGCACACACAAGGCGGCACUUCUGAAUGUAGCUAACAUUGGAUUUGAUGUGUUUGUUCCUUAUUUAAUUUUUUCUAAUUUUCUUUGAUUAGUCUAUUACUUUUUUACUUGAACCAAAUCGCCAUGGCUUGGCCGUGCAUAAGCAGAGUGUGCUGUCUGGCUCGGUUUUGGAACCAGUUUGAUAAAUCCGAUCUUUCAUUGCCACUGACCAUCCAGAAUUACUCAGACAUCGCCGACCAAGAGGUGCGAUCCGUCACCAGGCAGGUACCGACGGACCGGGUUCUGACGCACAACUAUUCUACUCCGGGCCACCGYGGAUCCCCCCAGACACCGGGAGAUGCCCCGGGCACCCGGAGAUCAUUGAGAGGCCGGAGGGAAGCCAACUUCAAACCCCGGGAGGACUACCACCGACCCGGCGUGCCGUUCUCGAGUGUUACCCAGUACAAGCAGGAUUACAAAGCCUGGCCUAUUCCGAAGAAGGAGAAUUUCCCCUGGAUUAGCAAUUGUGGAAAAGGGGGCAACGUUGGUUCGGAUAGCCCAGUAAACAGUUACCCCAAUGCGAGCCAGACGAGAGGGGAGAGAGAGGAGCUGGGCAUGAGGUGGGGGGAGCAGGGGACGGGAACAGCUAAAAGCUCUCACAGACAGGAGUACCGGCCUUGGACGGGGGCAAGACCAGCCAAGACCACUAGGAAACAACGCCCCCCUGCCCCGUACGCCAGCCCCCGGUCGGGGGUCUCCCACCUCCCUAAUGAGACCAGCUACCAGGCCGCCUACAGCGGAGYCGGGGAGGCUUUCAGACMCACAGAGCUUCACCAGAGGGACCAUAAUACCUCCACCGCUGGGCUGCCGACCACCACCUCCAUCUCCACUGUCCCCAAGACCACUGUAACCCUACUCCAGCCUUCCUCCACCACUACCACCCCUAUCAYCAGCACCGGCCUCCAGCAGAGCAGCCUGCCAGAGAGACCCAACCUCAGUAUAGGGACCAUGGGAGAGGAGCAGUUGGUGAGGACCAAGCUCUCUCCCAACCCCUCUGCAGUGUUUCAAAGCAGAUCCAGGAUCUUCAACAUAUGACAGACUUUCCAAACUAUUCUACUGGUUAUCGGGAGACCAAAGAACCAAUGAGGGGAAUGAUCUCUGUCCAUUCCACACUACAACAAAAUCUAUGCAGGGAAUGUACAGCUUAAUGUAACCAGAAAGGAAAACCCUGUACAGCUUAACAGUGCAGUUUAGUAAAUCAGAGACAAGUGAAAUGACAAACCAGAUGUCACAAAACUAUUUUACAAUCCUGUUCUAUUGCUAUGAAAAUCAUAUAUAUGCAUGUAACACGCUAGUUUGAAGUCAAGCUUCUUUUUCAGUAUUAGACACUCCAAGACAACAUGGCUGCUCUGUAAUGUGUCUUUGUGURUACUGUAUGUAUGUGCACCUGUUGAGUUGGAAUGAUUUGUGUUUAAUCCUUUUCUGUAUAUACUGUUGGAUCUAUUGAAAUGACAAGGAGAUUACUUUUUGUGAAAUGUAUGCUCAAACUGCACUUAGUCCACAAAGUAAGGUGUUCCUUUGAUCUCUGCAAGUGUUUUAUGAACAGAAACAAAAAAUAUAUUCAUACAUUUUUAUUCAAUUAGGUACUAUUUUGAGAAAGUAAUUGUUCCGGUGUUAACGUUCAUUUUGUAAAUCUGUUUAAGAAACAAAAAAUUGUUAAAUAUUAAAUGAUGUACAGUAUAUUACAAUAAAAAAA